AAUGAUGAUAGGCGUGACAAUAUCAUCUCAUCAUUUAGUCUCCCUGCCGGCCCCACCCCAUCAACCCCCGUAACAUGAAAACGACGCCGUCCGACGGAGAAAGUUUAGUCGCUAAACCAUGAUUUACGACGCUAACUAAUCCCGGUGUUCAACUAUAAAUACAGCUUCCCUCUCUUCGUGCUCUCAGUCGUCAACGUUUCGGAUUUGAUCAACAGUUGGAGAGUGUUCACUGUGAGUCGAUCAAUGGCUACGAAAGUCUAUAUCGUGUACUAUUCUAUGUAUGGACAUGUUGAGAAACUAGCAGAACAGAUAAAGAAAGGGGCUGCCUCUGUGGAAGGAGUUGAAGCAAAACUAUGGCAGGUGCCCGAGACACUACCUCAUGAGGUGCUCAGCAAAAUGAGCGCACCUCCGAAGAGUGAUGUGCCACUUAUUACACCUGCCGAGCUUGCCGAAGCUGAUGGGUUUGUUUUUGGCUUCCCCACAAGAUUUGGGAUGAUGGCUGCUCAAUUCAAAGCAUUUCUUGAUGCAACUGGAGGUCUAUGGCGAUCCCAGCAGCUUGCAGGCAAACCUGCUGGAAUCUUCUAUAGCACUGGUUCCCAAGGAGGAGGACAAGAAACUACUGCGUUGACUGCCAUUACCCAGUUGGUUCACCACGGGAUGAUCUUUGUGCCCAUCGGGUACACGUUCGGAGCUGGAAUGUUUGAGAUGGAACAAGUGAAAGGCGGAAGUCCUUAUGGUGCGGGGACUUACGCAGGUGAUGGCUCGAGGCAGCCAUCUGAGCUCGAGUUGGAGCAGGCUUUCCACCAGGGGAAGUACAUUGCCACCAUUACAAAGAAACUCAAGGGAGCUGAAUAAUUUCUAUUCGGAACCAACAUUAUUACUCUUUGUCAUUCUUACAUAUAUAUUUUUUACCACUUUCUGUCACUUAAAUGUCCUAUUUCUUUCUGCUUGCAAACAUUAUUCUUGCCUUACUCAAUACGUGAUUUGUAUGUGUUUACUCUUCAGUACAGUGGUUGUUCUCAAUGAUAAAAGUAUGUUUGCCUA